CAACGUGAACAUCAGAUGAACUGCUGCCGUUGAAAGUUUGAAUAAGUGAACAUUUACUUUACCACCAUAAAGCGCAUUUCUUCCAGGCUUUAGUGGGCCUGUGAAGCGUUUGUUUUGAGAGGACAGAUCCAGCGGAGGAAGUUAAAAUGUCUAUGCAUUUGUAUGAAAUGAGCAGUAAACUGCUCGGGGACACUGUUGGGAAUCUGAACGACAACCUGACCUCCGUGGUGCUGGCAGCCUCUGUCAUCACUCUCACGCUGGGAUAUAUUACUAAGUUGCUGCUCAAACAGUCCUCCGACAAGGAUCUGGAUUACCCACCUUACAUCCCCUCCAGCAUCCCCUUCCUGGGUCAUGCCAUUGCAUUUGGGAAAAGUCCCAUUGAAUUUCUUGAAAAUGCGUAUGAAAAAUACGGCCCUGUGUUCAGUUUCACCAUGGUGGGGAGUACAUUCACCUACCUGCUGGGCAGCGAAGCAGCCACGCUGAUGUUCAACAGCAAGAAUGACGACCUGAAUGCAGAGGACGUCUACUCCAGACUGACCACUCCAGUGUUUGGCAAAGGUGUAGCCUAUGAUGUCCCAAACCCUAUUUUUCUGGAACAAAAGAAGAUGUUGAAGACCGGACUGAACAUCGCUCGUUUUAAGGAACAUGUGAAAAUCAUCGAGGCAGAGACCAUCGAGUAUUUUAAGAGAUGGGGAGACAGCGGAGAGAGAAACCUGUUUGAGGCUCUGUCUGAGCUGAUCAUCCUGACGGCCAGCAGCUGCCUUCAUGGGAAGGAGAUCCGCAGCAUGCUGAAUGAGCGAGUGGCCCAGCUCUACGCCGACCUGGACGGAGGAUUCAGUCACGCUGCCUGGCUCCUGCCCGGCUGGCUGCCACUGCCCAGCUUCAGGAAAAGGGACAGAGCUCACAAAGAGAUCAAGAACAUCUUCUUCAAGGUGAUUCAGAAGCGCAGGCGAUCUGGAGAGAAAGUGGACGACAUCCUGCAGACCCUCAUCGAUGCCACGUACAAAGACGGACGACCCCUGAACGAUAAUGAGAUCGCGGGGAUGCUGAUUGGUCUCCUCCUGGCGGGUCAGCACACGUCCUCCACCACCAGCGCCUGGAUGGGUUUCUUCCUGGCCAGAGACAAAGCUCUGCAGGAGCGCUGCUGCGCCGAGCAGAGGGCCGUGUGUGGAGAUGACCUGCCUCCACUCAACUUUGAUCAGCUGAAAGAUCUCAGCUUGUUGGAGCGCUGUUUGAAGGAGACCCUGCGUCUCCGCCCGCCCAUCAUGACCAUGAUGAGGAUGGCUCGCUCUCCUCAGACUGCAGCAGGAUACACCAUCCCUGUGGGCCACCAGGUCUGCGUCUCUCCAACUGUAAACCACCGCCUGCACGACACCUGGGUGGAGAGGAUGGAGUUCAGCCCUGACCGCUACCUACACGACAAUCCCGCUGCAGGGGAGAAGUUUGCCUAUGUGCCAUUUGGAGCCGGCCGCCAUCGCUGCAUCGGGGAGAACUUUGCCUACGUCCAGAUCAAAACCAUCUGGUCCACUUUACUGCGCAUGUACGACUUUGACCUGGUGGAUGGAUAUUUCCCCACAAUCAACUACACCACAAUGAUUCACACCCCUCACAACCCCGUCAUCAGAUACAAGAGGAGAAAACAGUGAGGCUGAAGGGAAACAGUGGAGAGGCAAAGACACGAGGAAACAGUCAAACAUCCUGAGUGUUUGAAGUGAAGCUUGAACUUCCUGGGACUUGAAUUUAGGUGAAUGUACUUUGCUCUGCCUAAAUGUCCAACCUUUUAUUUUUUUUUGUGCUUCUUUCAGCCCUUUUUUCCCCCCCUGAAUGUCAACAUUAAUACAUGAAACUUGUGUUUCCAGAGAUAAUUACACUGACUGUAUGACUCUGACUUGAGCACAGAUGCUAAUAUUCACAAUGUGAAUUCUUCAAAAUAGAAAUGGUCGGUAAUACAGUGCCUUGAUGGUGAGAAAAUAUCAACUCAGUGUAACUGUAAAACCAAGCAGAGUACUUAAGUCCAUAUUCCAGAUUUGGGUGGGAGGAGGGUUAUCCAGUGAACUUCAUUAUUCCUGCAUCAUGAGCCUUCUGUGGACCCCCCCCAAAAAUGCAACAAAAGUGAAAUUGCAACCUUUAUUGCAUUUAACACAUUGAAGAAAUAACAAUAACAGCACCCGCUGUAAAUAGCUCUAAGUCCCUGGUGCACAGAGAGUAUAUAAAUCAGCUGUUGUGGGAUGUUUCCACACGGUCACAGAUAAUUUUGCAGGAUGGCCAUCCCAUUCACACAGAAUCAGAUGGGAUGCCAUCCUUCAAAACUGCCCAAAAAUCCCCCCGAAAUAAGGUCAUGGCCGCUGCAUUCAAGAUCAUCUCACAUUUCAGAAGAAAGUUUUUCUUGCGGUCACUUAAACUUUGAAUAAAGUGCUUUUUAAAGGUGACCUGUACUAAUUAGGAACUUUCCACUGGACCUCGCUGAGUUAACGAGCACCGACUGAUCUUUUGUGUGAACAGCAUGUUACAGUGUCUCACUGCACAAGCUGUGUUGUUGUUCACAGGACUUGAAUCAAACCUAGAACUCUAUUACAUGUCUUCUCAUUACAGAAGAUAUUUUGCUUAUCACGGCAUAUUUUGGUUUAUUUUGUUCUUUGUGAUUUUCAGUUCUUUUGUUCCAGAAAAAACUGUUAUAUUAGGGUUAAGGUAAUUUCAAUUAAUAAUUCCUUCUUUCAAUAAAGAAACUCUCAAAAAUCAGCUCCUACACACUA